AUGGCCAACGCCCCCUCGCGCAAAAAUGCUGCCUCGCAAAAGGCUACUUCUCCCGCACCGACCUCGAACGGAGUGAGCGGUGACAGGAUCCGCACGCAAUCCAGUAAAAUAAAGAGCUACGCAUCAGAAGGAGUGACAGACAAUGAUAUAUUCCUGCUCCCCAUGUCGGACUAUCAGAUCAUGGCACUGCUGACUCUGUUGGCUGGCGUCGUCCGCCUGUUCAAGAUCUACCAACCCACCAGCGUCGUCUUCGAUGAGGUCCAUUUCGGUGGGUUUGCUACCAAGUACAUCAAGGGCAAGUUCUUCAUGGAUGUCCAUCCUCCUCUAGCCAAACUCCUCAUUACCCUGGCUGGCUGGCUGGCCGGCUUCAACGGCGACUUUGAUUUUAAGGACAUUGGAAAGGAUUAUCUCGAGCCCAAAGUCCCUUACGUCUCGAUGCGCCUCCUACCUGCUAUCCUUGGAGUUCUCACCAUUCCCACGAUGUUUUUGACCUUGAAAGCGUACGGAUGCCGAACAGUCACAGCUUGUCUCGGCGCCGCGCUCUUGAUUUUUGAAAAUGGACUGAUCACACAAUCAAGGCUGAUUCUUCUCGACUCGCCCUUGGUCAUCUGCACCGCUUUCACCGCUCUGGCAUGGACUUGCUUCACAAACCAACAUGAACUGGGUCCCGACCGAGCUUUUGACGCAAGUUGGUGGUUUUGGCUUGCAGCUACUGGUUUAGGCCUGGGUGCCACCGCCAGCGUCAAAUGGGUUGGUCUCUUCACCAUCGCAUGGGUCGGCAGCUUGACCAUCCUCCAAUUGUGGGUUCUGCUUGGCGAUAGCGUCAACGUCAACCCGAGGAAAUGGUUCAAGCAUUUCUUUGCCAGAGUCUUUUGUCUGAUUGUCAUCCCGAUCGCAUUCUAUGUGGGAAUGUUUGGGAUUCAUUUCCUUUGUUUGGUUAAUCCCGGCGACGGUGACGGAUUCAUGUCUUCUGAAUUCCAAGCAACUUUGAACAACAAGGGCAUGGCCGACACUCCUGCCGACGUCUUGUUUGGCAGCGAAGUGACCAUUCGGCAUCACAACACCCAAGGUGGCUACCUCCACUCCCAUCCGCACAUGUACCCCGGUGGCAGCAAACAACAGCAGGUUACACUAUACCCCCAUAAGGACGAAAACAACAUUUUUCUACUCGAGAACCAGACGCAGCCGGUCACCGUCGACAAUGUCACCAUUACAGGCCCUAAAGCGUGGUCCAAUUCUACCGAGUUCAUCAAGGACGGCGACAUUAUCAGGCUGUACCACAUAACAACCCAUCGGCGCAUUCACUCUCAUGAUGUCCGACCUCCUAUUACCGAGGCCGACUGGCAAAAUGAAGUGACUGCUUACGGCUACGAAGGAUUUGAAGGCGACGCUAAUGACCUCUUCCGGGUGGAGAUUGUCAAGUCUAUGUCUGAUGGCGAAGAAGCCAAGAAGAGGCUGAGAACCAUUCAGACCAAAUUCAAGCUGGUUCACAUCAUGACCGGCUGUGUCCUCUUCUCACACAAGGUCAAAUUACCUGAUUGGGGAUUCGAGCAACAGGAAGUGACUUGUGCUAAAGGAGGCACCCUUCCCAACAGCGUGUGGUACAUUGAACAGAAUCAGCAUCCAAUGCUAGGGGAAAGUGCAGAGAAGGUUAACUACAGGAACCCUGGCUUCUUGGGCAAGUUCUGGGAAUUGCAAAAGGUCAUGUGGAGGACAAAUGCUGGCUUGAUUGAGUCGCACGCAUGGGAUUCUCGACCGGGCUCCUGGCCAAUCCUCCGUCGUGGAAUCAAUUUCUGGGGCAAAGAUCAUCGUCAGAUCUAUCUUCUCGGAAAUCCCGCCAUUUGGUGGCCCUCGAGUCUGGCCAUCUUAACCUACGUCAUUUUCAAGGGCAUCGCAGUCCUACGCUGGCAACGCAGUUGCAAUGAUUAUUCCAACGUCAACUUUAAGCGAUUCGACUAUGAAAUCGGCCAGACUGUUCUUGCUUGGGCGUUUCACUACUUCCCCUUUUACUUGAUGGCAAGACAGCUGUUUCUGCACCACUACUUCCCAGCCCUGUACUUCGCCAUCAUGGCUAUGUGCCAAAUUUUCGACUUUGUCGUCAAUCGCAUCUCGUCUCUCGGAUUGAAGAAGUAUCCCGAGAUUGGCUGGAGUGUGGCUGUGCUGUUUGUGGCUUUCGCGAUCGGUGUGUUCACCUUAUACGCUCCAUUGAUCUAUGGAAAUCCGUGGACACAAGACCAAUGCAGAUCGGUCAGACUGUUUGAUACUUGGGACUUUGACUGCAAUACUUUUCACACUGAUUACGCCCAGUACUCGACACCACUUCCAUUCUUGGGAGAAGGCGGGGCCACUCCCACUGUUCCGUCAGUGAAGAUCGACUCGGAAAGAAAAGAUGAUCCUUCAGCUGUCACUCCCCAGGUAGGUGAAGGCAAGGUGAUUGGUCAAGAGGAGCGGGUUGAAUACCGUGAUCAGAACGGCAACCUCUUAGAUGAAGCCCAGGUCCAAGCGUUGUUGGCGGAAGGCAAGGCAUCUUUCCAGACCAAAUACGAGACCAGGACGAGACUGGUAGAUGAGCAAGGCAACGAGGUCAACGGUCCGGGAGUUGCCCCUGACCACCCGGAUGUAGAAGGCCAGAACCCGUUGACGAAGGGUGUGCCAGAAGAGCAGGCCAACAAGUCGCCCGCGGAUGCCCAGGCCGACGGAUCAGUGAAGAAGGGAGAUGAGAGCAAAGCCAAACCGGCCAGCGAUGCGAGUGAGGCGACGAAGUAA